CAAGAGCUUCCUGAAGACCAUGCAAAUGAGGCCCGCCCACAACUGCCUGGAAACCGCUCGCCAGGAGCAGACAGAGCCCAGAGGAUACGCUGCAGGACCGCUCAGCCAAGGACGAGGAGGAGGUGGAGGUGGCCCUGAGGAGCAGGACUCCCUGUGUCGGAGUCCCCAGCGUCCGGCCUGAGGAUGGCGGAGCAGCAGGGCCGGGAGCCCGAGUGCCCUGUCUGCUGGAACCCCUUCAACAACACAUUCCACACCCCCAAAGUGUUGGACUGCUGCCACUCCUUCUGCGUGGAGUGCCUGGCGCACCUCAGCCUGGUGACCCCGACGCGGCGCCGCCUGCUGUGCCCGCUCUGUCGCCACCCCACCGUGCUGGCCUCCGGGCAGCCUGUCACUGACUUGCCCACGGACACCGCCCUGCUCACCCUGCUCCGCCUGGAACCCCACCACGUCAUCCUGGAAGGCCGCCAGCUCUGUCUCAAGGACCAGCCCAAGAGCCGCUACUUCCUGCGCCAGCCCCGGGUCUACACGCUGGACCUGGGCCCUGAGCCUGGGAGUCAGGCCGGGCACGCCCAGGCCGUGGGCCGCAGCACCAGGCCCGCCGCCAUCCCCAGCCACUACUCUCUGCGGGAGUGUUUCCGCAACCCGCACUUCCGGAUCUUGGCCUACAUGAUGGCGGUGGUCCUCUGCGGCACCGUGCUGUUCAUCUUCUCCAUCUUUUGCACCAGACGAUUCUUCUGGGGCUUGGGGUGAGGUCUGUUCCAGACGCCUUUCCUAGCUGCUGCUGGGUAUGUGGACUGCGGAGCGCCGCUUGGGCUGGUCUUCCUUCGUAGUAUUGUUCAUUUUUACAAUCCAGGGGUUGGCUAGGCUGUGCAUCUGCUUCUAGCAACAGAGUCUUACUAUGAUGAGAACCUCUGAAGGCUAACGGACUGGGGACGACGUGACGAGACUCUCUGGGUGUGAACCGGGCGUCAUGGAAGGGCAGAGGAGCAGACCUGUGAUCACAGAGCCAGAAGCAAGUUGUGCCAAAAGGCUGGAUGAGGGUACCCAGGAGCCUGUCCAGCCCAAACAGCAGGUUGCAUUUCUUACUGGAGCUGCUUUGAACUCAGUUCACAUUUUUUUGUUUGU